AUGAGUAAUUCCUUGGAAAAGAAGUCCAUUCAAAUGCCUCCAGAAAUUGAGGCACUUCGUCUCGCUGCUCUUUCAACAAGGAAUCCUAAGAAAGAAAAAAAGCCCGAGCCAACAGCGGUUCCGUCUCCAGUACAAAUUCAACUCACUCUACCCACUCUUGAAUCAAGAGAAGUAAGGGAAGUGGAAAAUGACAACAUUGAUACCUUGUCUGAACGAGAAGAGGGUGAACUAUCUGAAACUGACGAACCAUUGACCGAAACUUUUAAUCAGGGUGACAUAUACAUGAAACAAGAAAACCAAAAACAGUGGUCAAGCCAAGGAUCUCAAGGAUCUAUAAAUCUUGUAAACAAUAUCAGCAAUAUGGGCUUGAAUGAUAUAAAUAUGUACGAUCAAAAUACGGCAGACACAGCAACUCGAGAUCUUAUUCGAGAUCUCUAUAGUAUGGGCGCUUCCCCUAAUGAUAUUCUUAAUGUGGGCGUUCCACCUGAUGUAAUUAUUAGAUGUUCGCGCGAAUUAAAUAUCGACACUUCUCAUUUGCAGUCAUCACCAGUUGAUAUAACCUCAACCACAAGUUAUAUUCCACAUACUCCAACAGUUUUUAGCCAAGGAUUAUUUACAAAUCAAGUCUUUCUAAGUGACUCAAAUGUGCAAAACAUUACGAGACCGAGCACUUCAUUUUCUCAAUCCGUUCCUAAUCAAUCUCUACAAUCCUCUUUACAAUCCUCUUUACAAUCCUCUUUACAAUCCUCUCUACAAUCCUCCGUACAACCAUCCGUACAACCCUCCAUACAACCCUCCAUACAACCCUCCAUACAACCUCCCAUACAACCUCCCAUGCAACCUCCCAUACAACCUUCCAUACAAUCUUCCAUACAAUCCUCCAUACAACCUUCCAUACAAUCUUCAAUACAACCCUCCGUACAGCCCUCCAUACAACCUUUGGGUUCUAACCUAACAUCUAACUUUGCAUCCAACCUGUCAUCUAACUUAACAUCUAAUAUGACGCCUAAUACAUCUCUUAUAAACCCUGUGAAUUCGAACAUCGUAUUUCCGACAUAUUCUCAAAACCAAUACUCUAAUCCGUCAGAUCAUGUAUCAUCAUCAAGCCAAAAUGUUUUCAAUUCAUCAAAUCCUCAAGCAGCUCCCGCUUUACUUCUCUUGUCUGCCAUGUCGACCACACAACCCACUUUUGGUAUUAUUAUCCCUCCCGAUUCAAAUAAUUUAAAUAAUUUAAAUAAUUUCUCCGCUCAAACUCAGCCCGCACAAUUUAUGAUAAACGACAAAAGUCUCCAAUUAUCAGCCCCACCGUUAAGGGCAGAUCAAACUAACCAAAUUUCAAUGGAGGUUGAUCCGAUUGUUAAUGGCCCACAACUUACACCAUCCGAGUCUACCAAUCAUUCCGUACCGCAGAAUCGUAAUAUUGGAUCCGGAUCUGGAUCUAACAUCAAUCCUGGAAUUAACAAGCCAUUCAUAUCUAAAACUACUGCUAGUUACAUAAUUGAUCUAAGUGACGAAUCUGACGGUGGAAAGAUAAUGAAAGAUAAUGAAGAAAUGCAAAUAAAUGCCAAGAAACAAUUGGAGGAGAAGGAACGGGAAAUACGAAUAAUGAACGAAUUGAUUGCCAGCAAGACCAAAAAACUUAAAAAGAAGGGUCCCGCUUCAAAUUCGACCCCUACUCUUUUUAAUCAAUAUCAACCGUCCAAUGACUUCUCAAAUACCGAAAUGGAUUACGAACCUUCCGUCAAUAAUGAAUCUGAUGGAAUAAAGAUUCAAAUUGAAGAAGCUGAAAAGGACUUUAACAAUACUCGUAUGGAGUUGGAUGAAGUUAUCAAAACCGAGCAAGAAUAUUUACAAAAAUAUCCUAAUAUAGAAUCACAUUUGGAGUCUCUCCAAGGUGAUCGCUCAACCCUUGAAGAACGAUACCAACAGCUCAAAGAUGAACUUGAAUCAGUUGAUCAAAAACUUAAAUCUAUCGAAGACAAUGUGAAAGAAACUAUGCACGCUCGAUCUCAAAUGGAAGAUGUUACAAAUAAGCGGCAAACCCUUCUACAAGUGGAAGAGAAUAAGAAAGAGGAACUUAAUAAAUUAAGGGUGAGGGUUAGCAUAACAUCUGGUGGACCGGAUGAAAAAAAUGGUAAUGGAAAACGGUUGGCCAGUUCUGACCCUACGGAAGUGACCACAAAGAAAUCCAAAAUUUCCCCGAUCAUUGAUGAUACUUCUUCUGCUGGAGGUGACACGGACGAAUAUGCAAAUCUCUCCCCCUUUAGCGACUCGGACGGGGACAUAGCCUAUAAGAGCUACCAAAGCCCUCUCGAAAUAUAUAGUUCAAUUAAGCUAUAUAAAAAAGCGAAGAAAUAUACUUCGCUCACGUAUAACAACAAAAUAAUUCCUCAACGUAAGCUUUGCGUAUUUGAAACACAGAAGAAUGGUCACUGCAAUGACGACGAGUGUAUGUCGCAACACUUUCGUGACCUUCCUUUAACUGAUCAUGAACUUAUAGAGGAUAUGAAGAAAUACUACGAAGGGUGUACCGACGAAAAGAGGGUAGAGUAUCGAGAAGGAUUGAAGAUACUUUGCGACCGAAUGCGGGAUGAGCAGUGGGACACGGAGAGAUGUGUAUCGGCGAUGAUUGAUUUUCGGAAGGAAUUUAAUGCGCGUCACCCUUUCGAUUGUUUUAAUGCUCCCCGUCAAGUUAUCUUCAACAAGAAAAAACCAUUGGACCAUCCUCUUGAAUGUGAGGAGGAGGAGGCACCCGCAUCGGAUGAUUACAUCUCCGAGUCUUUGCCUACUCCUAAUUUAGAAGAGGAAAGUCAAGAUAUGUAUCCUCCAUCCUCACCCGACAUAUAUGAUGAUGAAGAUGAAGAUGACGAAGAUAACAUUAAUUAUCAAAAUGAUAUUAAUUGUGUGGAGCCCAAUAUUGACGAUUAUUCAUGCUAUGAGGGUGAUACCGACUCCAAUAUUAAUGAUGAAGAGCCGGUACCCUUUAUUGAAGAUAAAGACGAGUACCUUCCCUCCGGGUAUGAUUCAAAUCACGAAGAUAAUGACAAAACACAUUGGGAUUCUAAUUUCGAACUGAACGAUACAAACGAUGUUAAUACUAAAGAUUUGCAAGAUCAUGAUCUAAUUGUAAAUACCGCAGGAUCAUCUGAAGAAUUUAGCGAGGAACGCCAACAUGAGGAUUAUCCUCUUGAGGAAAGCCAAGAAAUUCGUAAUCCAAAUCAACAACAAAACGGAUCAUCAAGUAGCUUCAGUGUUUUUGGUGCAAUAUAUAAUUUUUUUAGUCGGUAA